AUGUCGAACGCAAGCGACUCUCCUCGGAUGGACCAGCCCGUGGUUCCUGCAGAUCUCAUCCGGACUUCCUAUCACAGCGGUAUGGGUGACCUACCGCGGCAACAAUCGCAACCUACACAGCAGGCUCGCAGCCCACCCGAGGAAUGCGGUGCCUCGCUCAGGAGUCCUCGUACAGCUCGAUUUGCUGAGGCUACCACGGUACAUUCGCCAAUUGACCCAUCAUCAUGUCGCUCGCCUUUCGCUGAUCACCAACAAAUCCAGGCCGGAGGUGUGGGCGAUACGGGGUUCGGCUAUGUGGCUGCCAGCGAUCCAGCGCAGCACGCGGCUGAUUCAAGACCCCCGAUGACGCCCGCUCUCGCUUCACCACUGCGAAGUGGGCUGAGAGUGCCCAACACUGCCAAAUCCUUGAAUCCACUUAGCCCGACGUUCCGGGAAGAGUAUAUGCUGGAGAAGCAGGAGAAGGAAACGGCAAAAGAAAAUGCCAGGGAUUUGCGAGUCAAAGUUCGCAUCCGCAUCGCGAAGAUGUUCCUACGUGGCGUCAACUUUUCUUGCAGUCUGAUUGUGAUGGCCCUUCUCGCCACGACUCUGACCGUCUUCGAAGCGACCAAGUCUCUCCCGCCACGCAACAGUUUGCCGGCUUGGGCACAAGGUACCAAUCCUUGGGCACAGUACCUACUUCUGGGGCUGGCGUCUUUCUCCCUGUUUGCUUGCUUGAUCGUAUUUUGGGGCUACUGGAAGGGUGGACACCGUCGAGCUGAGAAGGUCACCGUCUACUACACCACAUUCUCGAUCUGUUUCUUCGCCUUCAACUUCAUUAUGUGGAUCGUCGCGGCGUCCAUUUACCAGCACUCAAAGGCAACGAGUAACAACAAAGACAUGUGGGGAUGGUCUUGCGCGCAAAAUACUCGGGAGCAGUUGUAUUCCAACACUAUCAACUACGCUCUGCUUUGCCGUCUUCAGGAUUGGGGUCUUGUGUGCGCCAUCAUUGAAAUCGUCAUUGAGCUCAUUGUCCUACUCAUCUACGGCGUUGUUGCCUACCGAGUUUGGUCCAAGCGGCGCCUCAUGAAGACCAUGGAUGGACGUGACCAGGCCCGUUCUGAUCUCUACCUUGCGCAACUGCGUAUGCAGUCGGCACCGAAUACUCCUGGCUUCUCAGGCUACGCGAGCUACCCCGGCAAGAGUCCAUUUCUCGAUCCCUUGUCCUCGGCAGAAAAGGGUCAAGCUGAGCCGACCACGACCCAAUAUGCCUCACCUCGCUCGCCCACGCGACCCGUCUCCUCAUUCCAGUUGCAAGCACCUCCCAGUCGUCAUCACCAGUCUACCCCACAAGCGCAGCAAGGUGGCUUCACGAUGGUAUCCCCACCUCGGGCGAUUACUCCACCGACCCAGAACGAGCCGCAACAUGUGGCUGCGGCACCUGGUGAGACCAACUACGGUGCUGUGCCAAUCCCAGGCGCAUACACGAGUCCUAUGAUGCCUGCGUUCCCACCCGCGGUGCAUCAAUAG